AUGUCUAGAUCUUUCAUUCAAACAGCAAUAUUAUUCUCUCUCUUAAAAGUCAGUGGCUACCUUAAGUACGUUUUUAGUGGACCACCUGUCAUGGAGCAAAAGGAAUUAGGGAGUUCUUCAUUCACCUAUUUUGAAGGUCUAGAAUUGCGAACAGUGUCUUUUACUUUGAAACAAAUAAAAGUGGCUACUAACAACUUCGAUCCCACAAACAAGAUUGGAGAAGGUGGUUUUGGUCCCGUGUACAAGGGUCAAUUAUCUGAUGGUACUGUUACUGCCGUAAAGCAGCUCUCCUCUAAAUCAAGGCAAGGAAAUCGUGAAUUUUUGAAUGAGAUUGGCAUGAUUUCUUGUUUGCAACACCCAAACCUCGUGAAGCUUCAUGGAUGUUGUAUUGAAGGAGACCAAUUGAUACUUUUAUACGAGUACAUGGAAAACAAUAGUUUGGCCCAUGUUUUGUUUGAGGAAAGUCAGUUGAUGCUGGACUGGCCAACAAGGCUUAAUGAAGAAGAAAAGACCCAUAUUAUCACCCGAGUUGCGGGAACAAUAGGUUAUAUGGCACCGGAAUAUGCACUAUGGGGACAUCUGACCGAUAAAGCAGAUGUUUAUAGCUUUGGAGUCGUGCUUUUGGAAAUUGUCAGUGGCAAGAGCAACAACACAUACAUGCCAAGUAGUAAUUACACUUGCCUAUUGGAUAUGGCUUGUCACUUGCAAGAAACUAAUUACAUAGACAAACUUCUCGACAAAAGGCUGGGUUCUCAGGUGAACCCAGAAGAAGUAGAAAGGACGGCAAAAGUAGCUGUUCUCUGCACAAAUUCAACUGCAUCUGUUAGGCCUACCAUGUCCGAGGUUGUCCAAAUGCUCGAAGGACAUAUGGACAUUCCAGAUGCACCCCACGAAGGCAAUGAUGUAAGGUUCAAAACCAUAAAAGGCUUAAACCAAGAAUGGCAAAAUCGAAGUUGA